ACAUUUUUUUUUAGCUAAAAAAUUAUUUUCCUCAAAUUAUAUUUAUUUUUUUGAGUGACGAAUUCAAGAAUGAGUGAGUUCACUCGUUAUAGUCGUGUAUUACUGUUAAUGGUAUUAGGCUUAAGCGCGGGAGCCUGUUACGGUUUCGGUACUUUCGGAUUCGAAUUCCAUCACAGAUACUCGGAUCCCGUUAAACAAAUCCUGGCCGUCGAUGAAUUGCCGGCGAAAGGAAGUCUGGAGUAUUACAGUGCUAUGAUCCACCGCGAUAAAAUAAUCAAGGGCCGUCGAUUGGCGGCAGAGAACGAUCAGACGCCGGUUACGUUUCUCGACGGAAACGCAACUUAUCGAUUGAAUUCGUUGGGAUAUUUGCAUUACGCAAAUGUAACGGUGGGGACACCAGCUUUGUGGUUUUUGGUAGCAUUAGACACCGGCAGCGAUCUCUUUUGGUUGCCAUGCGAUUGUUCCAGUUGUGUCCAUGGCAUAAGAUCACCCGGUGGCCCGACAAUAGAAUUUAACAUCUACAGCCCUAAUACAUCAUCUACAAGCUCAAAGGUUCCUUGUAGCAGUGACAAGUGCGAACAACAUAGAAAAUGCUCUUCACCUACAAAUACUUGUCCUUAUCAAGUUAUCUAUCUAUCCAAUGGCACCUCGUCGAUCGGGGUUUUGGUGGAAGAUGUCUUGCGCUUGACUACGGACGAUGAUAAAACAAACAAACCCGUCGAAGCCAAGAUUACUUUCGGUUGCGGGAAGAUUCAGACUGGAUCGUUCUUAAACGGUGCAGCUCCUAAUGGUCUUUUCGGGCUUGGUAUGGACAAUAUAUCAGUUCCCAGCAUAUUAGCAAAAGAAAAUGUUACAUCGAAUUCGUUCUCUAUGUGUUUUCGAUCGGAUGGGAUCGGAAGAAUAACUUUCGGUGAUAAGGGCAGCUCAGACCAAGGAGAAACACCGAUUAAUCCCAGGCAAUCACGCCCUACUUACAAUAUUAGUAUCACUCAAAUAAGCGUGGGAGGAAAGACCGGCGAUCUCGAGUUCGAUGCCGUUUUCGACUCUGGUACCUCGUUUACAUAUUUGAAUGACCCGGCUUAUACGCUUAUUUCCGAGACUUUCAACAAUUUGGCCUUAGACAAGCGGCAUACAUCGAAGUCUACCGAUGACCUUCCCUUUGAAUAUUGUUAUGACCUAAGCGCCAAUCAAACGAGCUUGAAGUACCCCGUAGUGAAUCUGACAAUGAAAGGCGGAGAUCAGCUUUUGGUUAAUGAUCCAAUAGCAGUGCUCCCCAUGCAGGGUGGAGCUAUAUAUUGCUUGGCAGUCGUGAAAAGCGACAGUGUGAAUAUCAUCGGACAAAACUUCAUGACCGGUUAUCGUAUAGUAUUCGAUCGAGAAAAGAUGGUACUUGGCUGGAAAGCAUCCGAUUGUUACAAUAUCGAGUCUUCAAACACUUUACCGGUGAUACCACCAUCGGCGGUCCCUCCGGCAACUGCCGUUAAACCGGAAGCAACGGCCAGAAACAGCAGUAAUGCUGGAGCUCCAGGGUCAUCUCCACCACCUAUGACAAAUAAAUCAACCCAGCAUAAAGCUUUGUCGUAUGUAUUCACAAUUGCUCUAGUCCUAUAUUUUGCUCUAAUUUAAUUUUUUUUUAAUUGCAAAGUGCCCCUCACCUAGACCCUGUACCAUAGGGUAUGUUAUUGUUUUAGGAUUAUACAAUGGGGGAAACAUUUUUUAACUUACUAUAGUUUUGUUUUUUCAUGUUAGUGGCAUAAUUACACAGGUUUGUAAAUAUGUUUUGAUUUUGAUAAAUGAGUAUUAUUUUUACAGCAUUUACUUA